AUGGCUACACAAGAAAAACAGCCCCAUUUUGUUCUUAUCCCUUUCUUGGCCCAGGGCCACAUGAUCCCCAUGGUCGACAUCUCCAGGCUCCUCGCCAGACGAGGCGUAGCCGUCACGAUCCUCACCUCUCCCAACAACCACAAACGAAUGAAACCAACCGUCGACCGUGCAGUCGCCUCCGGGUCGAGCAUCCGAGUUUGCCACUUCAAAUUCCCGAGCACCGAAGCCGGGCUUCCGGAAGGUUUCGACAAUAUGGAAAAGGUGGGCUCGAUGGACGAGUCCUUCAAAUUCUUAAUGGCUGCGGGCAUGUUAGAGGACCAGGUCCAACAAAUACUCCGGAACCUCGAACCUCGCCCGACCUGUUUGAUCGCCGACAUGUGUUUCGCGUGGGCCACGGACGUCGCCACCCGGUUGGGAAUCCCGAGGCUCGUUUUCCACGGGAUGUGCUGUUUCGCACUCGUGUGCAUCCACGUGCUGUUUCUCUCCAGGGAUUUCGAAAAUGUUGCCUCUUCGGACACAGAGUAUUUCGUGGUGCCCGACCUGCCCGACCGGAUAGAGGUCACCAAGGCUCAGAUGAGGGGCACGCAAAAGGAAAUCUCGCCCGAGUGGAUCAAAGUGCGCCAGCAGCUCCUGGGCGCUGAGUCCGAAGCUUUCGGGACGGUGUUCAACACUUUCGAGGAGCUCGAGCCAGAGUACGUGAGGAAGUACUCGGAAGUGAAGGGGAAAAAGGUGUGGUGCAUCGGGCCCGUCUCGUCGUGCAACGAGACCGAUUUGGAUAAGGCCCAAAGAGGCAGCUCGAUCGACGAGCACCACGAGUGCUUGAGAUGGCUCGGUUCUCGAGAGUCGGGCUCGGUUUUAUUCGUCUGCCUCGGGAGCCUUUCUCGUCUCGCAGCUUCGCAGCUCGUCGAGCUCGGGUUGGGAUUGGAGGCUUCGAACCGACCCUUCGUGUGGGUCGUCAGGAGCGCGCCGGGCGAGUUCGAGACGUGGCUGAGGGAAGAGAGAUUCGAAGAGAGGGUUCGGGAGAAGGGGAUUCUUAUCCGCGGGUGGGCCCCGCAGGUUCUGAUACUCUCCCACCCGUCGGUCGGGGGAUUCCUGACGCACUGCGGGUGGAACUCGACGCUGGAAGGGUUGACCGCGGGCCUCCCGAUGCUGACGUGGCCGGUUUUUGGGGAGCAAUUUUCGAACGAGAAGUUCAUCGUGAGCGUGGCAAAGAUCGGGGUGAAAGUGGGAUUGGAGGUGCCGGUGACGUUUGGGGAGGAGGAAACAAUUGGAGUUCAGGUGAAGUGGGAUGUGAUUAAGGGGGCUAUCGAGGAGUUGAUGGAUGGAGGAGAGGAAGGGGAAGAGAGGAGAAAGAGAGCUCGGGAGCUCGGGAAAAUGGCGAAACGGGCGACCGAGGAAGGGGGCUCGUCUUACCUUAACAUGACUCGUCUUAUAAGUGAUGUUGUGAAGGAGGUAGAUGGUUAUGGUGGUGAUGAGCUUGGGAAAGGUGAGAAAAGUUAG